CAGUAUUGAAGUAACAUAAUUUAUAGUAACUGAAAAAAUAUCGCAUUUCCACUUCUAAAUUAAAGUUUUGAUAUUUAAUUUCCUAUGAGAAAUGCGUCAGGAUGAUUAGCAUAGGAGGAGGCACUACCAGAAAGAGGAGAUCCUAGAUGGCUCUACGACUGCUAUGGAGGCGAAUGACGCACGUCCUGGACCGAUUUCAUCAGGUGGCCUUCAGUCCGAAGUAUCUCCUAUAUACGAACAUUGGCAUCUCAGUGGGUCUGAGCAUGGUGGGCGACACCAUGGAGCAGUCCUAUGAGCGCUUCAUCGGCGAGCUUCCGGAUUGGAACCGGACGCGCACCCUUCGGAUGGGCAUCUCCGGGUUCACGGUGGGUCUGGUGUGCCACUAUUGGUACCAGCACCUGGACUACAUGUUUCCCAAGCGCACCUACAAGGUGGUGGUAAUCAAGAUACUGCUGGACCAGUUCAUCUGCUCGCCCUUUUACAUCGCCGUAUUCUUUCUUACAAUGGCCGUCCUGGAGGACAAUACGUGGGAGGAGCUGCAGCAGGAGAUCAGGGAUAAGGCACUGAUCUUGUACGCUGCCGAGUGGACUGUGUGGCCAUUGGCGCAGUUCAUCAACUUUCUGGUGAUCAGGCCGCAGUACAGGGUAUUCUAUGACAACACCAUCAGCUUGGGCUACGAUGUCUAUACGUCCCAAGUUAAGUAUCGUAAGAAGCCGGAGCCAAAGGACGAUUCGUGAAUGGGCACAAAUAGUUGGCAUCUGAAGUGUUCCAUUUGGUUGUCAACUGUUCUGGACUGCCAAUGCAAAUUAUACAACAGCCAGUCCUGUAAAAUAUUUACUUAACGCGUUUCCAGCUAAAAUGCUGACACUAAAAUUUUGGGUGUUCUUCAACCAAAAUCUUCUUUAAAGAAACAUAAAAAAGAAGGAAUAUGUGAAAUCUUUAUUCUUUCAAGUAGUAAACAAAUUCCCAUGUACAAUAGAUUAUUCCUACAAAUAAACAUAUUUUUAUAUUUACAAUAGA